AACUCAAGUCCUCAGACCUUCCCACCAUUCCAUGUUGCCUAUUCAGUCUGUCGAUAGUGAAAGGUCGUCCCUCUUGUGCCGUGCCGAGAAAGGAGUUUAACUUGUCAAAUGCAGACGGUCAACAUUUACGUGGAGAAAAGUCGGAAGAACCUCGUAGACUAAAGAAUAAUAUCCAUCAUAUUCCUCCAAGACUCAGGUCCCACUGUUGUCAUAGACCACAAGUCUUUUUUUUUUCCAGAAACAGUUUGUUCGAAGGCUGAAGCGAUCACGCUGUUUCCCUUUUUUUCCUUUGGUGGAAGUGAGGUCAGGUUCCUCCUGCAUCUUAGCUGAAUCUGUGCAUCCAGAGCACUUCCCAACCACCGAAGAUCAAGGUGUGUAAAGGUCCGAGAUGUCAUCCAAAAUGCAGAGUUCAAAUAACAUCGCCCAGGCUAGGAGGACUGUACAGCAGCUGAGAAUAGAGGCCAACAUGGAGAGGAUAAAGGUGUCGAAGGCCUCUGCAGACCUCAUGCACUACUGUGGAGAGCAUGCCAAGUACGACCCUCUUCUCAUGGGAAUCCCAGCCUCAGAAAACCCCUUCAAAGACAAGAAGCCCUGCACCAUAUUGUAGCCUGAAGUCACUGCAUCGUCUUAAGUUUUUUUUUCUUUUAUUUCUUUUUAAAAAUAUGACGGAUACAUUCAGUUUUUUUAAAAGAAAAGUUAAUAUGCUACUACUUAUUUGGAACAGGCAUCUAACUGUCAGUUGGAAGGUUCCCCAGAACUGUGUUCAUCUUAUCAGGCACAAACAGUUGCAUUUUACCAUUCCUCCCACUACCACAGUACCACCCUUUCUUUUUUGUUGGUCAUGAUGGUUGUCUGAUUUGCAGCCCCCCCACCCCACCCCAUUCAUUUGAUUCGACAUUUGAUCAGCAGGACACAGAGUGUCUUUCUCCUGUGUGACCACACUAGACAAAGUCCUAAUUGACUCUCUUGUUAACACAGGCAGUCAAAGAGUAAGAGUAAAGGAAGGAGAUGGAUAAAAGAAAGAGAGAAUGAGAGGAGGGCAGGAUUAGGGCAAAGGUCACAUGCAUUGAGGCACUUGUGUGUGUGUGUGUGUGUGUGUGUGUGUGUGGGGGGGGGGGGGGGGUGUAAAUCAGGUGCCUCUGGUGGCGUCACAGUGACGUCCUUCACCCUAUAGCAGGCACGACCUUCUUUUUUUACUCCAGGGGGAGAGGCUAGUCUCUAAACAAAACAAAAGCCUGUGUCAUUCCUCAGAGUCAAUGAGCGUCUUUUGAGCGUCUUAACCCACUCGAUUCUUUCGCAAGCCGUUUUGGAGAAGAUUGAGUGAUCUAAUCAAACAGGGAGAGGAACAGCAGAAACUAUUUGGGGGAAAGAGAAAGGGUGGCCGACUAUUUGAAAUUCACUGACUCCGCCACAGUGUCGUCCAUCGGGGUUUUGUGCUUUGGUGUGUCGCACAAUAUUUUUCCAUGUCAGGUGUCUUAACUGUUUAUCUUCAGCGGCAGUCCUUCACCUGAAUACCGGGACGCUGUUAUAUAAACGCGAGCAGGCCUCAGUCAUGUUUGCCGCCGAUGUGACUUAUACAAUGCCCCGAUUUUUACAUAAAUGUCCAGCUGUAUUGAUUUCUGGUUUGCAAAUACAUGUCAGAUAAUUUCACAAGUCAACAUUCGUGAUUACAACACUGAUUUCUGUCACCAACACCUGUAACUUAUGUCCCCAAAAUCACAUUCUGUAUGAAAAUGGUACUAGAAAUGAAUUGAAUGAAAGAAAUAUAUGUAAUAUUUUAGCGUACACUCUGAAUUGACAUGGAUCUGGGCUCUUAUAGCAAGUUGGACUGGAAUAGAUUUGGCCGGGCUUGGCACAGAUUGGCAGGAUCCAGUCCAGAUAUGGGCCAGAUCAGAGCUAGUCUUAGCCAUUACCAGGAGGGGUUGGCUGUAGAAAAUUAAAACAUCCAACUGUUUAAAGUAUACGGUAGAGUAGCAAUAUGUUUAAUGAAGAUCAUGGUACAUAAAUAUAUGGUAACCCUUUAAUAAUGAGUGUAUGCCUUAUGUUCAUGUAAAAUUAUUUGGAUGGUCUUGAUUUAUUGUUAUGAUUAUGUCUGUUUUAUUUUUCUUUGUUUUUGGAGAAUGAAAAUGAGAUGUUUUAAUGUGUCUGUGCCAUCACGUCCACAUUUUUACCAGCAAUGGAGAUGAAUUAUGCGGCUUUUGAAUGCUUUUCUUCAUCUAUGGUAUCCCACAACAUUGAGCAGGAAAAAGACUUUUAAACUGACAGGGUUUUUGUGAUCACAGUGAAUGUUGGGCUGACUGUUAUUAUCUUGAAUUAUAACAUUCCAUGUUUACGACCUCUUUGUUUUUUAUGUUGCUGUUUUCCAAUACGCUCAUGAUUGCCAUGCAGUGUGUGUGUGUGUGUGUGUGUGUGUGUGUGUGUGUGUGUGUAUAAACGUGUGCCGCACAAACUGGCAGAGCGUUAACCAAUGAAGAGACCAGCCGAACCAGCCAAGGCCUUAAUGAAGUACUCCUGCUCUAACGUCCAUUUGCUCACACAACCAAUCGACCGACCGACUGACCACUCUUCUUACAGUGAUGUCUAAACUGUGAUCCUAGCAGGGAGAUGCCUUCCCUUUCAUGGGGAAACUUCACUGUGCACAGAGGUCUUUGUACUCCCUGUGUCGGGCCUGUCACUGUGGAAAUGGGGAUGUUACAUGACUGGACAGUUUUAGAGUGUGAGCAGUUUUGACCACUAAAGUAGCCUUGCUGCCGGGCACUACAAUCCAACAAGCGACUGUUCUGUUAUGUUCUGUAGAGUUAUCUGUUGUAGUCCCAUGUGUCAUUUAAAGUGUUUCCCCCCUUAUCUCCUUUGUGUCAUUUUAGAAAAAAUUAUUUGCAGAUGUUUCAGCUAAUCUAUAUUACCCCCCUCCCCCAAGUGUCUGUUCCUUAAAAGGUGUGUGUUUAUACUAUAUGAGGAAAGGAUCUUAAAUGACUUUCAUUGCCUGUACCGCUUUGCCUUUGGCAUUUUAGAAUGGAGUUGUGUGUUGACCAUGAACCUCGUUUUUCAUUCUCCUCCAGUUCCAACUUGUAGACUUGUUAUCUUCUCCUCACUUCCCUGUGCUUUAAUGCCACAGCUGUCUGUCUCUCUGGUGCUGUAAAAGUGGUCUGCACCCCUAACCCCAGUCUAAAGUGAAAUAUAAUUUUAUCAUCA